AGUAGAGCGAGAGUAGAGCGAGAGAGAGAGAGACUCAGAGACAGAGAGAGAGAGUACAGAAGACAAGAUGGCGGAGUGAGUGGGUAGCGCUUUCUACAGACGGUAGCGACGUUUGCCGAAAACGCCCUUAAAAAGGACUGGAAAAGAUUGACCAAAAAGCAGCACUACCAGCACCGGGGGAGUGUAGUUAACGGGCUGUGUUUCUGCUACUCAGCGCGGAGGAGGUCCGGACGUUUACCCGCGGCGGUCCGUGCGACGGCGUUAGCUUGGUAGCAUUAGCCUCAAGCUAACGCUAUUAGCAUCAAGCUAACGCUAGCCAACGCUAGAGCUCACUAGCUGCUGCUCAGAACUAGCAGGCGGCUGGUUGAGGAAGGCCGUGAGCUGUGUCAGGUUUAGUGUUGGAUGUAUAUCCCUCGGUACUGACACGGCAGUCCGUGUUUCUCGGGAGGAGGUUUUAUUUGUGUCCGGUAGCCUGUGAAUAAAGCGAACAACGUCAGGACUAUCCAACUUGCUUGUUACGUUAAUUGUCGACAUAAUUCGUCCCUGCUCGGCCUCAACUGGACAUACAGGACUCUGUAUGUUCUGCUGACUACCCGGCUAUAGACGGCCGCACACAGUUCCCUACAGUGAAUCAGGCGGUCACAUUUGGUGGAUAUUAUGGCGAGCAGCGGCGGCUCCAAAGCCGAGUUCAUAGUCGGUGGAAAAUACAAGCUGGUCAGAAAGAUUGGAUCAGGAUCCUUCGGUGACAUAUACCUGGCCAUCAACAUCACAAAUGGAGAGGAGGUAGCUGUAAAGUUGGAAUCACAGAAAGCCAGACAUCCACAGCUGUUAUAUGAAAGCAAGCUGUACAAAAUCCUACAAGGUGGUGUCGGGAUCCCUCACAUCAGGUGGUAUGGCCAAGAGAAGGACUAUAAUGUCCUAGUCAUGGACUUGCUUGGACCCAGUCUGGAAGACCUCUUCAACUUCUGCUCUCGUCGCUUCACCAUGAAGACUGUUCUUAUGCUGGCAGACCAGAUGAUCAGCAGAAUUGAGUAUGUACAUACAAAGAACUUCAUCCACAGAGAUAUCAAACCAGACAACUUUCUCAUGGGCAUCGGCCGUCACUGUAACAAGUGUUUAGACUCGUCAGUGGGGAAGAGGAAAAGAAGCUUGGCUGUUAGCUCUUCUCAGGACCCAUCUUUCUCAGGAUUAAACCAGUUGUUCCUUAUUGACUUUGGUUUGGCGAAGAAGUACCGAGACAACCGAACACGACAGCACAUCCCCUACAGAGAAGACAAGAACCUGACUGGCACAGCGCGCUAUGCCUCCAUCAAUGCACAUCUGGGCAUUGAACAGAGUCGCCGUGAUGACAUGGAGUCACUAGGCUACGUGCUGAUGUACUUCAACAGAACCAGUCUGCCGUGGCAGGGAUUAAAGGCUGCGACAAAGAAGCAAAAGUAUGAGAAGAUCUCGGAGAAGAAGAUGUCCACCCCUGUUGAGGUCCUCUGUAAGGGUUUCCCAGCGGAGUUUGCUAUGUAUCUGAACUACUGCCGUGGCUUACGCUUUGAGGAGGCUCCAGACUACAUGUACCUGCGCCAACUGUUCCGCAUCCUUUUCAGGACUCUGAACCAUCAGUAUGACUACACAUUUGACUGGACCAUGCUGAAACAGAAAGCAGCCCAGCAGGGGGCCUCCUCCGGGGGCCAGGGCCAGCAGGCACAAACCCCCACAGGCAAGCAAACUGACAAACCCAAGCCUAACAUGAAAGGUUUCUGAGUGGACUCUGCCCUCAGAGCAGAGCUGCAGAAGCGUUGGCAACCAGGACCAACAAGUCUCUCUUCCUGGACAAGCGACAAACAGAAAGUCUGUGUCUCUCCUUCCAUAAUAACUAUCUAUGUAAUGGAAAUGUAUAGAUUUACACACGCCUUUGUCAGCUGUGUCAUCUAUAUAUUCAUAUGUAUAUAUAAUAAAACUCUGCACUCCGAAAGAAAAGAAGAAUGAAAAAGCAGGUUUUUUUGGAUGUGGAGGCUGUAGCCCCCUGCCCCCACCCCAGACACACACACAUACACACACACACACACACACACACACACACACACACACACACACACACACCCCUCAUCCACCCCCUGUCUCUGUCCUCCUUUCAGUGUUGACUUUUUGUAAGGUUUCUUUGGAAACUGAAGUUAAGAAGAUAGUCAGCUGACCCUCUUUUUUUUUUUUCUCUCCCAGUGGAAACAUCUCAAAGCAUCUUUUCCCCCCUUCUUCACUCCUCGAUUAUUUCACUCCCUCCUUUUACCAAGAAAAUGUUAAAAACAUGUAAACCUGAAAACUGUUCUCCCUUUUUCGUUUCUGAAAUAAUUGAAUGAUGCAACCCUGGAUGUUAUUUACUAAAAAAAUCAAAAAUGUUGGAUUUUCUUUCUUGUUUUCUUUUUUUUUUUCUUUUUUUUUUUCCUAUGGUGAUUAGGAGUUUGCCUGUUGACAAUAUAAGCAGCUGAUGGCAACAGUCAAUGGUAGAAUGAUACUCUGGCUCUCUCCCUCUCUCUUUAGAGCUCUGAAUUAUUAUUAAAUCUGUUGUAAAAUGGUCUUCUCCAAAAAUACCAAUAAAAACAUUACAUAACUCAGA